AUGUCUAAUCAUCUACAAAUAUUUGAUUUCCAUAUUUUAAANCCUAAAACUGGUAUUCUACGUCUUGUUAAAUAUUUAAAAUAUCAAAAAUAUAUAUUAGAUAUUCAAGCUGAUAUUUAUUUAUUUAAUCAAAAUUAUUCAAUAAAAACAAAUAUUGAAAUAAAUAUUUAUGAAAUUAAUAAAUAUCGACCUAAUUUUAUUAAUCAAACAUUAAUAGAAUUAUAUGAAUUACCAUAUCAAUUUCAAGCAUUUGAUUUUGAUAAUAAUAAACAAACAAAUGGAUAUCUUACAUAUUAUUUAUCGAAUUGUUUUAAUUAUUGUCCAUUUGAAAUAAAUCCAAAUAAUGGAAUAUUAAAUUUAAAAAAACAAAUAAAUUUUAUCAAAGAUCAUAUUUAUGAUUUACAAAUAAUAGUAUUUGAUUGGGGUGAACCUAUAAAUUUUGAAACAAAAAUUAAUAUACAAAUUAAUUUAUCAUCUAAAUUAAUUGAACAAAAUUUAACAAGAAAAAAAUCAGACAUAAAAAUAACGAAAAAUCAAUCAUUAUUAAUGAUACCAGAACAAAGAUAUUCAAAGGCGAAGACUAUUUAUCUUAAUAUUGGUUUUAAUCGAAAUGCAACAUCUUAUCAUCUUUCUGAAGAUUCUGAAAUAAAUACAAUCAUUGAUCGUUUAAAAAUCGACUAUGACUCUUUUCCUUUAUUCAUUAAUAAUGACAAAGAUAAUCUUUUUUUCUAUAUAAUUAAUGAUACAUCAGUACCAUUUAUAAUCGAUCAAAAUGAAAAAACAAUUAAAUUAAUAUUUCCUCUUGAUCGUGAAAAACAAAAUCAAUAUACAUUCGAAAUAGAAUUAAAAUUAAAAUCUACGUAUGUAUUGAAAUUACAAGAAAUAUACAGUUUUCAAGAGAAAAAUUCAUUUAUUGAUUUUCAAUAUUCAAAUAAAUAUUAUCAAAAAAUAUUCAUAACUAUUUAUAUUGAUGAUAUUAAUGAUAAUAUUCCAAUAUGUAAUAAUUUUCAUAAACAUAUUUAUUUAUUUGAAAAUAAAAUACAAACAAAUAUUUUUCAUGUUCAAGCAUUUGAUCCUGAUCAAAGUGAAAAUGGUACAAUAUUUUAUUCAUUACUUGAUUAUAAUCAAUAUUUUACAAUUAAUUCCUAUAGUGGACAAAUCGAUUCUAUUCAAUCAAUCGAUCGUGAACAAAUACCUUUUCUUCUAUUACAUAUCAUCGCUUCAGAUCAAGGUCAACAACUACAAUUACAAUCAAUUUGUAUGACAUUACACAUUACAAUAGUUGAUAUCAAUGAUAAUAUUCCUCAAUUUUCAUCGACUAAUUAUACUUAUUAUCUUUUCUCAGAUUUACCACGAGAUACAAUAUUUGGUCAAGUUUAUGCAUUUGAUUUAGAUUCAGCAGAUAAUCUAAUUUAUUCCAUUGAUCCAAAUCCAUAUGUUAAAAUAAAUCGAUAUACUGGUCAUCUUCGAUUGAAAUCUAAUCUAUAUCAUAUGAUUGAUCAAAACAUAAAUAUUACAGUUAAAGUAUUCGAUGGUUUACAUAUAAAUUAUACAUGGAUUUAUAUUUAUAUAAUACGUUUUAUAGAAAUACAAGAACCGAUUCUUUUACGUGAACCAGCUUAUGAUAUAAUAAUUAAUCAAUCGUCAUCGAUUGGAACAAUUGUUACAAAUGUUUAUCAUCAUUUACAAAUUUUAGAAUCAUCUAUUGAUUUUAUUGAUAUAAUUCAUGAAGAAAAUCCAAUACCAUUUUCUAUUGAUCAACAAGGUUCUAUUCGUCUUAUCCAUUCAUUAAGUGAUUUAUCUAAUACAUCUUAUUGGCUUUCGAUACGUUUAACACGUUAUCGUGCUCAUCCACCACAUUCAUAUGUUCAUAUUCAUAUAUCAAUUCGAGAAGAAAAUUUCUAUUUACCACAAUGUGUUGAUAUUUAUCAAAAUAUAAAAAUUUAUGAUUAUUUAAUUCAAUCAACAUUUGCUUAUAUUCAAGCAUUAUCAUUCUAUGAUAAUAUUCAUCUUCAAUAUUCAAUAAUAAAUAAUAAUAAUAUAAAUGAAAACAUAUUUUCUAUUAAUAAACAAACAGGUUCUAUUCAAUUAUUAUCAUCAAUUCAAAAUAAUCAUCUAUUAAUAUCUAAUUAUUUAUUAACAAUACAAGCUUUAGAUAAUCAACAUCAAUUAUCUGUUGAUUGUUAUUUAGAAAUUAAUUUUAUUCGACGACAACAGUUAACACCUAAAUUUUUAUAUUCAUCAACAUAUAAUAUUGAUUUAAUAGAAAUUUCAUCGAAUAGUAAACGAUUAAGACAACGUUUAUUUCAAGUUAUUGCUUUAUUAGAUCAUGAAAUUUAUGAUAAAAAUAUUGAAAUACGUUAUCAAAUUAUUGAUUUCAAUCAAUAUUUUAUUAUUAAUCGUCGAACUGGUUAUAUAGCUUCAAAACAAUUAUUACAUUCAAAUAGAACCUAUGAAUUUAAUAACGUUACAGAAGUUGAAGCAUUUACUGUUGCACAUCGUAAUGAUAUUGAACAAGAUGAAGAUAUUAAUAAUGAACAUGCAAUUCAUAGUAAAUGGCGUAUUGUUUCAUUUCGAGUUAUUUUACCAAUAAAAAUUCAUGUUCUACCAAUGAAUAUUAUUGAUUCAUCAUUAUUAUUAACUAAUGAAUCAACAAUUAAUAUUGAUUUAUUAACAACAACAAAAGUUGGUUCUAUUCUAUUACAACUUAAAAUAAAUAAUAAUAAUAAUAAUUAUACACAAUGGUUUAUUAUGAUAGGUCAUAUUGAUCAUACACGUUAUUUUCAUGUAAAUUUUCAAUCGGGUGAACUUAUUCUUAUUCGUCCUAUUGAUGAAUUAAUUAACAAAACAACAAUAAUUGAACUUCAUAUUAAUAUAACUAAUGAUUGGAUUUUAAUGAAUACAAUUAAAGUUAUUAUUCAUAUUAUAAAUGAUAAACGUUCAUUAAUUUAUUUUGCUCAAACAGAUUAUUAUAUUUCUGUCUUAAAAAAUAUUACAAUUAAUAGUAAAAUAACACAUUUAACUAUUGAAAAUUCAUUUGAUAAUUGUACAUAUAAUAUUCAUUCAGUUGAAAGAAUUCAAUCAAAAGAUUUAUUUCGUAUUGAUUCAUAUACAGGUUUGAUAACUAAUAUUCAAUCAUUAGAAAAAUCAAUGAAUAAAAAACAUCUAUUAACUAUUAUUUAUCAUUGUAAAAAUAUUUCUCACAUAGCUUAUACACGUUUACAUAUUAAUAUUCUUGAUAAAGAAAAAUCAAAAAAUCAAACAAAUAAUUCAUAUAGAUUUAGUCAAGAUAAUUAUUUAGUUAUAUUUGAAACAUCAUUUAUAAAUAAUCAAAAAAAAUAUUUAAUCGAUUUGGAAUUAAUUAAUAAUGAUUAUUAUGGAAAAAGAAUUAAACCGGAUGCUCAAAUUAUUGAAGGUGAUCCAUUAGGUUUAUUUUCUAUUGAUUCAUCCAAUCAAUCUUUAUUUCUUCUUGAUGAAUCUCGUUCUCGUUCAUAUGUUUAUCCAAUUGAAUUAAUUAUUAUUGAUACAUCACAAAUAAAACCUAUCUAUUGUAUUGUAACUAUAUUUAUAUCAAAUAUUGGUAUACAAUUUACUUGUCCAUUUUAUUCGAAUACUUCUCCAUAUCUUUUUACAUAUAAAUCUAUACCUACACAUAGUAUUGAUCCAUUAACUGGUCAACAAUAUGAUAAUUAUAAUUCAUUGACUAUUCAUGGAUUUGAUUCAUUUACUAUACCUUCAAAUAUUGCUAAAUGUGUUAUUGAUUCUGAUAUAAAAUAUUCUAAUGAAAUAAUUGAUUUCAUAUUUGAAAAAGAAGUUUAUUAUGGUUAUAUUAAUAAUUCAUUAGAUUCUAUAUCAUUUGUAUAUGAUAAUGAAAAACCAAUUCAUUUAUCAAUAAAAAAUCGAAAUCAAUAUUUAGAUUCAUUUAAUAUAACUUAUCAAUUAAUUAAUCAAACAAAUAUAAAUUCAUUUGAAUUAGAUCAAUAUGCUGGAAUAAUAAAAUAUAUUGAAAAAACUAAUCUAUUUAUUAAAUAUUCAUUUCUUAUUCUUGCUCGAUAUAAAACUUUAAUUACAUUUACACGUUUAAAUAUAUUUAUUAAUGAUCAAAAUAAACAAUUAUUUUAUAAAUUUAUAUUAUAUAAACCAUUUGUUAAUAAUUAUACAAUCGGUUAUAUAAAUGAAAUAGGUUCAAAUUUGAAAAUUUUAAAUAGAAAAAUUUCCAUAAUGUUUUCUAUUGAUAUUAAUGGAAGAUUAUUUAUUAAAAAUCAAACAUUAAUUUUAUUAAAUGGAAAUUUUUAUAAUUUUAUUAUUGGAAAAUUUCGUAUUCAAAUAAAUAUUUUAUCAAAAGAAAUAAUUCAAUGUUCAUUAAAUAGAUUUUAUUUUCCAAUAGAAAAUUCAUUAAUUGGAUUUAUUGAAAUAUUAAAUAUUAAUAAAAAUUAUUCAAAAAAACGAUCAUUUUAUCUUUUAAAUUAUAAUCAUUUAUUUAUACUUGAACGUGAACAUGGUUAUUUACGUUAUCGUUAUCAAAAUCAAUUGAUUAAGAAUGAUUUAGUACUCUUAAUUGAAAUUGAAAAUUCACGUUGUUUAAUUACAUUACAUGGAUUUUCAUCAAUACCUUACAUGAUGAUUAGACAGGGGAAUAAUUUAGAUAUGGAAAUUGAAAAAUUGAUGGAUAAUAAAAAGGUAUAG